CGCUUCAUGCCCGUAUAUCAUGCCGUGGUGCAUGCUCGCUGCGAGGCAUUCUGUUCCCUAUCCAUAAGAUGAGCUUGACAAAACAGAGGAUGGAUCCACGAAGAGAGGCAACACUCGAGCUCAAGGAUUCACGAAGCACGCUCGUCGAGGAGCCCGACAAGCCCCCGGUUCGCUCAAACACGCCGCACCCCCUUACGAACGGUGCCCCAGCGACGCCAGGCUCGCCGUUCAGCGCGUCUUUCAACCCUAAUGCGCCCACACCCCGGACGCCGCCUGAGGGCGUAAUGUUCUCGCCCAUGACGCUUGCGUUGGCGAACCCGCCGCCGGACAAUUCCCUUGCGCCGCCUGCGAGCGCCGAGGCGUGGCGGGGCAGUGUUACCUCGUCGCUCACUGCCCUCGCCGCGCAGUUCGCAGUCGCGUCGCAAGCUCUCUCCGCAAUGCCGAAUCCCGAACGCGAAAGCCCUGCGUUCACCGCGGCACUGGAUGUCGUCGAGCAGGCGCAGGCACGGCUGAAGGAUGAGCUCGACGUGCUUCGAGAGCAAGUUGAGUUUUUGCGCGUGCGCGAGAAAGGCUCGGCUGAGAAGGGACGGGAGCGCGAGCAGGUGGAUGUUCCGGUAGAUGCAUACGAGGAGCGUCUGCACGCUGUGGAGAAGAAGGUAGAGGACAUCGCAGAGUCGAUCCGUCUCGAGUAUGUUGCAGACUUAUCAUGAGGCUUGCGAAUAGCUGAAGAAGCGAUUACAGCCAAGCUCGCCUGUACGCCCGCUUAUUGAACUCGACGAUCACCACGAACAAGAUGCAGCUCACCCCGUUGGUGAUGGCGAACGGCAAGACGCCUCAGAACUUCCCGGCGACGAAGGGCGAGUUUGAGCAUCUGACGAGUAAGCAUUAAGCACUACAGCUCGCGCCGGUGUCUGAUGCUAAUACCUGAUCUCAGAGGAGCGCUACGAAUUCCUGCUGAAGUCAUACGGCGUGCCGUUCAAGGGCGACACCGCUGCGAAGAGACAGCUAUUGCGCGAGUUUAUCGGGCUGAGCCCAGCUAAGUCGUGAACUCUGCACCGCCGGGGGAGCCAGGGUCACCACAAAGAGCUCACAGGCCAACUGCGAGGUCGGCAAACGCCAUUAUGAUACCAUUCAUGUCCUAGACGUCUUGUAUACCUCAGCACCAGGGCUGGUCAAUUCAUUUAGAGCGAUACGUACACCUUCACCUCAAUGUGCACUUCGUGUCCACUGUGUUGUCCUUGAUGAGGAGUUUUUGAGCGUUUAGCUGGCUGGUAGCGCUGUGAUAGCCACGACAAACGUACCAGUGCUACCCUCUAUAGCAGAUAAAAUAUUCUCGCUUUAAAUCAGG